AUAAACACCGGCAAAACAUCACAAACACACUUCAGCUGRCUGGCAACUUCGACCUUCUACUAGUCUCUAAAGUUCUGUUGUUGGUUCCUGUAGCAUCAUGAAGAGUCUUAUAAUUGCUUGCCUCUGCUUUGUUGCUGUUUCAAAUGCUUUCGUGCUGAAGUUUGAUCAAGACGAAGCGCAAUGGCAAGCAUGGAAGUCUUUCCACGCCAAAAAGUAUCAAACAGAUUCUGAAGAAACCUUUAGAAGAGCAAUCUGGAAGGAUAACUUAAAAAAAAUCAUCAAGCACAAUUCCGAGGGACAUUCUUACACUUUGGCAAUGAACCAUCUUGGUGACUUGACUCAGGACGAAUUCAAAUAUUUUUAUAAUGGCAUGAAAUCUCACUACAGUAACUACACAAAGAAGGAAGGAUCGCUGUUUCUUCCUCCCAGCAACUUAAAACUCCCAGCCGAAGUCGAUUGGCGCAAGGAAGGUUACGUCACGCCUGUGAAAAACCAAGGACAAUGCGGUUCAUGCUGGGCUUUCAGCACCACUGGCUCUCUCGAAGGACAGCACUUCAAGAAAACCGGUAAACUGGUCUCUCUUAGUGAACAGAACCUUGUCGACUGCUCUACAAAGUUUGGAAACCAUGGCUGCCAAGGAGGCCUCAUGGACAAUGCUUUCAAGUACAUUAAAGCUAACGGCGGUAUUGACACAGAGUCUAGCUAUCCUUAUGAAGGCGAGAAUGAAAAAUGCAAAUUUAACCCAUCCAAUGUUGGAGCUGAUGACACAGGUUAUGUUGACGUGAAGUCUGGAAGUGAGAGUGAUCUYCAGGCUGCUACUGCGUCAGUAGGACCAAUUUCUGUUGCAAUUGAUGCUGGUCAUAUGUCAUUCCAGUUUUACCACAGUGGUGUAUAUAAUAGCUGGUUGUGCAGCAGCACCAAGYUGGACCAUGGUGUCCUGGUAGUUGGUUAUGGUGUUUACCAAGGUAAAGACUACUGGCUGGUCAAGAACUCUUGGGGCGAARGCUGGGGAAUGGAGGGUUACAUCAUGAUGUCCAGGAACAAGAACAACCAGUGUGGUAUUGCUACCAGUGCUAGUUAUCCAUUGGUCUAAGCCCAUCACUAUGGAAACCAAAAUCACCAUCACCAGGGCAACACUGAAUGCUCAUAGUUCAAUUGCCCAUGUACAUCGCAUUUCUUCAUGGCAAUGUGUCAAUUAAGUUACCAUGUAAAUGAGAGGUGUACAUUUUAAUUAUCACACGACCGACAUACAGCAGGACUGUUAACCAGAAUAGGUUUUCAUUUAAUUGUAUUUAAUACACGCUUUUUUACACUUUGUACAAUUAGGUCAUUUUUGAUGUAUUAAAAUUUUAAUCAUA